AUGGACAACAAACCGCUCUCCUCUGCACGAUUUCCGAAAAGAAAGCCAACAUCCGAGCACCGUCAUAUCGGCACCGAGCAGCUCUCUGAGGUAUCGUCGUCAAACGAACGCCCUAAAAAGCGUACGCGCCCCAUUGUGGAUGCAAGCACCACGUGCGCCCCAGAGCAGCUUCACUGCCGCUAUGCCAACAAAAAGUGCCUAAAUCCACGUGCUGUCAAGCGCUCCGGUGGUCUACAUACCUUUUGUUCUUUGCAUCGCGCCAACGCCAAUCGCAACCAGCGACGGUUGGACAUGCGGAAGCGAAUGGCUCGACAAGCCAUGCAAACGCAAAAGAAGAAGGAGUUCAUAGCUCCGAUUCGCAAGGCGCCUGCUAUGCUACAACCAGCAGACCCAACGACAAGUGUCAUCUUGUCUAGCGUGUCUCCGUCAGGUGAACAUGUCGACCAUCAUCUUGAGCCGCUGCAGUCGCCUACGCCGCUACAGGAAGAAGACAUUUCGACGUUGGUCUCGCUCUUCCUCCCUCCGUGA